GCACAGGGUAAUAUGGGACUUGAGCUAGCAGUGCUUGCUGAGCUUACUCCGAGAGAGAGAGAGAGAGAGAGAGAGAGAGAGAGAGAGAGAGAGAGAGAGAGAGAGAGAGAGAGAGAGAGAGAGAGAGAGAGAGAGAGAAGAGAGAUGAAUAGAGAGAAAGAGAAGGAGAAAGAGAGGGCGAGAGGGAGAAUGAUAGGGAGAGAGAGCGAGAGAGAGAGAGAGAGAGAGAGAGAGAGAGAGAGAGAGAGAGAGAGAGAGAGAGAGAGAGAGAGAGGGAAUGAAGCGAGAGAGAGUAAGGGAGGCAGAUAAAGAGAGCCAGAGAGAGGAAG